UACUGACAAAAUGUAAUGCGUCGGACCAAGUCAGACCAUUCCACUGAAGCACAUCUCACUUAGAGCAUCUCCUGCCAGCCUGCUGACAAAAGCUUUGCCAUGGGCUGGGUGAACAACUCAACUGAUUACUGGAUUGAGGAUGAUGAGCAUUACCUCAACUCUGAUAUAGAUUACAACACAUACGAGUUUCUCUGUGAAAAAGAAGAUGUGAGAAAAUUCAUGAAAGUAUUCCUCCCUGUGUUGUAUGCCUUGACUUUCACUGUUGGAGUUGCUGGAAAUUCAUUAGUGGUUGCAAUUUAUGCCUACUGCAAGAAACCAAAGACCAAGACAGAUACGUACAUCAUGCACCUAGCCAUUGCUGAUUUGCUCUUGCUCUUUACACUCCCCUUUUGGGCUGCAAAUGCAGUGCAGGGAUGGGAACUCGGAAACUCAAUGUGCAAGCUCACUUCUUCCCUUUACACCAUGAAUUUCAGCUCUAGCAUGCUGUUCCUGGCCUGUAUCAGUGUGGACAGAUACAGGGCCACCUCCCAGCGGCACGGAAGAGCUGGAAAACACUGCAGCAUUACCAGCAUCUGUGUCUGGCUGUCUGCCAUACUGCUCAGCAUACCUGAACUGAUAUUUAACCAAGUCAUGAGACACAAUAAUAGGAAUGAAUGCCUUCCUGUAUUUCCAGCGAACAUGGAAACACUUUUAAAAGCAACCAUUCAGAUCCUAGAAGUUAUCCUGGAGUUUCUGCUUCCUUUCCUAGUAAUGGUGACCUGCUAUUCAGUCACUGCUCGGGCAAUCUUUAGAUCUGCAAACGCUAAAAAAUCUAGACCCUUCAUGGUUCUGCUGGCAGUAGUGGCUGCUUUCAUAAUUACCCAACUACCUUAUAACAUAGUUAAGUUCUGGCGAGCCAUAGAUAGCAUCUACCUAUUGAUUACUGACUGUGAGGCAAGUAAAACCAUAGACAUUGCACUCCAGGUCACCAAGAGCAUAGCACUGUUUCACACCUGCCUCAACCCAAUUCUGUAUGCCUUCCUAGGUGCUUCUUUUAAAAUGCGUGUUAUGAAAAUAGCAAAAAAUUAUGGGUACUGGAGAAGACAACAACAGCAUGAAGUACCUGAAGAAAUCUCUAUGAACUCUGAAGUCCGUACUGAAGAAACAAUUAGCUUCACUAUAUAGACUGUUCCUUUCAUUAUCUUAAUCAAAAUAGGGAUUACUUACUAACCCGGGGGCUAUUAUUUCGACAGCUGUUUCUCUGCAAGUCAUCUUUCACACGAAUUUUCAAGCCUGCAGACAAGCCAAGACACUACACUGGAGUUCAAAAAUGGAACACGAUCAAAAUUAAGCGCCAGGCAGAAAAAAAUACUGAAAAUGCUGGAAACAAUCAAGUUUUCACUCCAGAGACACAGGUGCAGCUUAAAAUGAGAUAUUAGUUCACAAUUGAGAACUGAGAGAAGAAAAAAGUCAUUUUCUAUGUGCCUGCACAAACAUAUAGCAACAAGAACAGCCCCCACAAGAAACACUAACUCCUGCUCUGUAACUACCAAAACCAAUCUUUCAUCUCUCCAUUUUCUGCUCAUCCUAAAUUUCAGUAAGCCCAGUGGCCAACAAGAGGCACAUUCCAGAUCUCUGUAAACGUAAGAUGAAACAUGAAUGCCAAGGUAAUGCAAGCAAAGCAUGAGCAGAAAUGCUCAUUUAAAGUUAACCUUCAGACACUGGGCCUGGAAUUUUUGGUUGGAAUUUGUAAAAUAAUGAGAUAGAGAGGUAACUAAAGCCUUUUAAAAUAUGCAAAGAUACAAUAAAAUAUACUCAGUGUGUA